CUAAAGGAGCUCUCGCGCAAGUAUGGCAGAGCGGCGAUUGUGGUCUAUCUGGGUAUUUCCCUCGUGGACUAUGCCGUCGCCUUUGGUCUCGUGCAUGCGCUCGGCACAGAUCGCAUUGGCGCGCUUGAAGACAAGGCCUUUGCUGUAGUGCGCGAUUGGACUGGCUGGGCGCCUAAAUCUAGCGUGACGGAUGUACAAGAUGACGAGCCAGGAGUUGUGACGGAGGCUGUUCACAAAGAAGUGCAGAAGCAUGGUGUCAAACCAGCGUCUAUUUGGACAGAAGCAGCGAUUGCCUACGGCAUUCACAAAGCAAUCUUCAUCUUUGUGCGUGUGCCCAUCACGAUUGCCAUUACACCUGGCAUUGUCAAGGCGCUAGUCAAGCGCGGAUGGAAGGUUGGUCCGGCGAGAGUUGCCGCUGAAGCAGCG